AUGCUAGUGUACAAAACCACCAUAAAACCAAUCUGGACUUACGAGAUACAAGUGUGGGGAACGGCCAGCAACAGUAAUAUAGAUAUCUUGGAGAGAUUCCAGACCAAAGCUCUGAGAACAAUGUUUGGCAUCCCUCAUUGUAUAAGUAAUAGAUACAUAUACCUCGACCUCGGCCUAAAAACAGUUCGACAGGAAAUAGCUCAAAACAGCCUGAAAUACCAGGAGAAGCUGACCGCCCAUGUAAACAAACUGGCACACGCUCUGAGCGGAGAAGGCGCUCUUCAGUAUACCCGGCCAAAAAGAAGUGACGUACCGAGCCUACAUAAAAGAUUUAUCACUUGA